CCAGUUCCCAGAAUGCAUUAGGCGAUGCUUCAGCGCAGAACAAAAGUGGAAACAAAAGACAUCUAUUUCUCAAACAAAUACUAUAAACUCCACUCAACACCACCUCCAAGUCGGCCAGCAGCUGACUGACAGCUUCAACAUUCAACACCACAGCUUUGAGGGAUCCGAAAUGGCUUUGAAAAGAAUACAGAAGGUUUUAUACCAGGAGCUAAAAGAUCUGCAGAGGGAUCCCCCCGCACAGUGCUCUGCAGGACCAGUAGGAGAGGACUUGUUUCAUUGGCAAGCCACAAUCAUGGGACCGUCGGACAGUCCGUAUCAAGGAGGUGUGUUCUUCCUGACUAUCCACUUCCCAACGGACUAUCCCUUUAAACCACCAAAGAUUGCCUUCACAACAAAGAUCUACCACCCGAACAUCAACAGCAACGGUAGCAUAUGUCUGGACAUUUUAAGGUCUCAGUGGUCACCUGCACUAACCGUAUCAAAGGUUUUGUUGUCCAUAUGCUCUUUGCUCUGCGACCCCAAUCCGGAUGACCCUCUGGUCCCAGACAUCGCACACAUCUACAAAUCAGACAAACCUAGGUACAACAAAUUAGCAAGAGAAUGGACUCAAAAGUAUGCAGUGUAAACUACUGUGAAGUCUUAGCACCAAUGGAAAGAAUUAUGACACACUUCUUGCUGGACAAAUUCCAAAAUGGAUGUCCAAAAUAUCCACACUGGUUGUAAAAAAAGGGGGUUUUCAUUAGAAGCACUUUCUCUUUCUGGAAAUAACUGGUUUUAUUCUUGAAUUUUAUUAUUUUCUUUGUGUGCUAUUAUGAUUAUUAUGAUAAUAAUACUUAUUAUUGAUGAAACUGCAAAAAAUAUUGUUUUUAUUUUCAGAGAGUUAUAAUGUAUGGUGUCAAACUAUACAAAUCUAUUUUUAUUAUUUUGCAUUAAAAAUUAAAGCCCAAUGUGCAUUACUUGAUUUCUAUUUUCUUGUGCUAGGGUUAAAUUAAGUGAAAUGCUGUUAUUCAAAUUAAGUGUAUUUGCUUUUCACACACUGUACAUGUUUUUAUUUCUAUAAACUAUGAUUGAAAUAUGGGAAAGUACAUUACUAUCAACAAAAA